GCCACCACCACCGCCGGCUCCAUUUCUUCUUAAUUACCUAUAAUCUCGCCCAAUCUUUAGUUUCUCAUGGGAGAAUGAGUAAAAGGUUCCUCAGAAAUGCUAUAUCCAUUCCAGUUCUCUGCUCAUCCUCCAGAGACCCCCUCUUUUUCUCCCUGAAAUUCUUCACCAGACCCAUCACUACUCAAGAAAAUAAUUGGGAUACUUUUACAGAUGUAGAUUGCAAUUUUCAAGAAUUUGAGUCUUUUCCACCUGAAAAAACUCCAGCCAGUUCUUUUUCACCCCAGGAAUAUUCCUUUUUGAGGGACUCAUUGUUGGAAAAUCCAGGCACUGAAGCUACUUCAAAAGCUCAAAACUUGGAGACUGGUAAUUGUUCAGAUGAUGCUCUUUUGAUUCUUGAUGCUGUAAAGAAUAAUGAUGAUGGGUUUGGGGAUAAAACCCAGAAAUUUCUUAGGCAGUUUAGGCAUAAAUUGGAUGAAAUUUUGGUUGUUGAUGUGUUAAAGAAUGUACAAAAUGUUCAACUUGGUGUAAAGUUUUUCACAUGGGCUGGUAGGCAGAUUGGGUAUAAUCAUGGUUUAGCUGUUUAUGACGCUCUGUUAGAUUUAUUGGGGUGUAAUAGAAAUGAUAGAAUUCAAGAAAGUUUUCUUCAAGAAAUCAAGAACGAUGAUAGAGAGGUUCUUGGUAAAUUGCUGAAUGUGUUGAUUAAGAAAUGCUGCCGAAACGGGUUGUGGAAUUUGGCACUGGAGGAGUUGGGGAGGCUUAAGGAUUUUGGAUAUAAGCCAUCAAGGGCCACGUAUAAUGCUUUGGUUCAGGUUUUUCUGAGAGUUGACAAAUUGGAAAGUGCAGCUUUGGUUCAUAGGGAGAUGUUGGAUUUGGGAUUUAAGAUGGAUGCCUAUACAUUGCUGUGUUUCACACGUUCUUUGUGUAAGGAGGGUAAAUGGAGAGAAGCUCUAGAUUUAAUCGAAAAGGAAGAAUUUGUACCAGAUACAGUUAUGUAUACUAGCAUGAUAUCCGGAUUGUGUGAAGCUUCACUUUUUGAAGAAGCUAUGAAUUUUUUAAACAUAAUGCGGUGUAAUUCAUGCAUUCCUAAUGAUGUAACUUAUGAGACUUUGCUUUGUGGUUGUUUGAAUAAGAGAAAAUUAGGUAGGUGCAAGAGAUUGCUGAGUAUGAUGAUUACAGAAGGUUGUUAUCCCCGUCCGAAGAUAUUUAAUUCUCUUGUGCAUGCCUAUUGCAGGUCAGGGGACUACUCUUAUGCCUAUAAAUUGCUUAAAAAAAUGGUUCUUUGUGGUCAUCAGCCAGGUUAUGUGGUCUACAACAUAUUGAUUGGUGGUAUUUGUGGCAAUGAGGAGCUGCCUAACUCAGAUGUCCUAGAAAUUGCUGAAAAAUGUUAUGAUGAAAUGCUUGAUCGAGGUGUUGUACUAAACAAAGUGAAUGUUGCCAAUUUCAGCAGGUGCCUCUGUGGGGUUGGAAAAAUUGAAAAAGCUAUGAAGGUGAUUCGUGAGAUGAUGAGGAAGGGCUUUAUACCAGAUGUUAGUACAUAUUCUAAGGUUAUCAGUUUUCUUUGUAAUGCCUCAAAACUAGACAAGGCAUUUUUAUUGUUCCAGGAAAUGAGAGGCAAUGGCAUUGUUCCUGAUAUUUAUACUUAUACAAUGCUUAUAGACAAUUUUUGCAAAGCUGGCCUUAUUCAACAGGCACGCAGCUGGUUUAAUGAAAUGGUGAAGGAUGGCUGCAAGCCCAAUGUGGUAACAUAUACUGCUCUUAUUCAUGCUUACCUUAAAGCAAGGAAAAUGUCUGAUGCAAAUGAUCUAUUUGAGAUGAUGCUAACAGAAGGAUGCUUGCCUAAUGUUGUCACCUUCACUGCUUUGAUUGAUGGUCAUUGCAAAGCUGGAGAUGUUGAAAGGGCUUACCAAAUCUACGCAAGGAUGGUGGGCAAUGAAAACAUUCCGGAUGUAGACAUGUAUUUCAGGGGCAGCGAUGAAAGUGCUAAAGAAGUGAAUGUUGUUACAUAUGGUGCUUUGGUUGAUGGUUUAUGCAAAGUACACAAGGUAAAGGAGGCCUGUAAUCUUUUGGAUGUAAUGUCAACUCAAGGCUGUGAGCCAAACCACAUAGUAUAUGAUGCUCUUAUUGAUGGAUUUUGCAAGGCUGGGAAGCUAGAUGAAGCACAGAGUAUAUAUACACGGAUGUUGGAACGUGGGUACAAUCCAAGUCUUUAUACCUAUAGCUCUUUUCUCGACAGGUUAUUUAAGGAUAAGCGCCUUGAUCUUGCUAUUAAAGUAUUGUCUAAAAUGCUUGAAAAUUCCUGCGCUCCUAAUGUCGUGAUAUACACAGAGAUGGUUGAUGGCCUUUGCAAAGUUGGGAAGACAGAUGAAGCUUAUAAACUUCUGUUAAUGAUGGAAGAAAAGGGUUGCCAACCAAAUGUUGUGACUUACACUUCCAUGAUUGAUGGCUUUGGUAAAGUCGGUAAACUGGAUAGAUGCAGUGAGCUUUUUCAGAGGAUGAGUAUGAAAGGUUGUGCUCCAAAUUACAUUACUUAUGCGGUAUUAAUAAAUCAUUAUUCUGUGGCUGGUCUCUUAGAUGAAGCGUACCAGCUGCUGGAGGAAAUGAGAAAAACUUAUUGGCCGGUACAAAUGGCAAGCUACCGUAAGGUCAUUGAAGGCUUCAACAAAGAGUUUAUAACGAGUCUUGGCCUCUUAACUGACAUAAGUCAGGUUGAUUCUGUUGUUCCAGUUAUUCCAAUUUACAAACUUCUAAUCCAUAGCUUCAACAAAGCAGGGAGAUUGGAGGUGGCUCUUGAGCUGCUUGAAGAGAUCUCGUCAUCGUCCUCGUCUCCAUCUACCAUGGCAAACAUGUAUUCAUCUCUGAUUGAGAGCCUCUGCCAUUCACACAAAGUUGAGAAAGCCUUUGAGCUGUAUGUGGACAUGAUAAACAGGGGUUUAAUUCCUGAGCUUGGCGUCUUUGUUAAUCUUAUUAGAGGACUAAUCAAUGUCAAUAGAUGGGAGAAUGCACUUCAUCUUUCGGAGAGCUUAUGUUACAUGGAUAUCCAAUGGCUGCCCUGUGAUAACACCAGGGGAGUUAGCUAGAAGUUGUUGGUUCAAUUCAUAAAUGUUUUCCUUGUUUGAUGUAUCCUGAUGCGAUGUAUACCUCUAUGAGGAUGUCUUGAGAGAUGACAAAAAUGCCCAGCUGGUUUCUAGCUCAUAUCAGUGAAGACUCUAAAGAGCUUUCUUGCUUCCAAAAGUGGAGGAAAGCAUUACCAGCAGGGUUCAUGGACAAAAGAAAUGAUCUGCGCUGGACUAUUUCUUGACAGCAUCAUCCCAGACUCAACAUAUCUCUUUGCAGGUGCCAUGCCACCUUAAUAGCAUUUCGAGAUGUGGUUUGGCAGGUUCUGAUGAAUAUGUAUACUUCUCUGUUGGAGAGUCUAUCCAACUCAUGCAGAGUUGAGAAGGCAUUUCAGCUAUAGCUGGAGAAGACAAAAAGGUUCAGUUCCUGAUCUUCGCUUAUGUUUUAAUCUUGUUAAAGGGCUUAUCCACGUGAAUACAUGGGAGAAUGCAUUUCAUUUCUUGGAAAUGUUGUCUUCCAUUGUGCAGAACUCUUCACUUCUACUAUGCUUGCUCCAUAUACAUGUGCGGAAAAUAAAUUUUUUUGUUAAUGGUUGGCAUGGUCUCAAGGCUUUGAUAGAUUUUCCAAUUUCUGAAGACUGAAUUGUUACAAAGCACAUAAAGUAAUGGAAGAAGAUGAUGCAAAGAAAGAGCACACAAAACAGAGAAAUAAAUGGAGAUUAUCUUUUGCUUGUGUUGAUGUAAAAGAUCUAAAGUUGUUGAGAUUCCCAAGAACUUUCCACAGCUUGAUAGCUUUGGUACUCUUGCUUGGCUGUUUAUCUGCUUCUGCCACAUUGAAGUCAAUUACAAUUUGCGGGCUGUUUUUGGUUAUAUGCACAGUUAUAUCUCCUUUCCAUGGGUAUUCAUUGGCUGCUCAGUGAUGAGCACCAGAAGCAAAAUGCUUAAAUCUGCAUCCCGUGGAGGUUCCAUGCCUAUAUAUAAUGACACUUGAAGGGAUCAGCCGGUGACAAAUUUGCGUGAAUAAGUAGCCUCGAUGGCUUUUUGUGCUCUUUCUUGCGACAACCAUGGCAAAGAAGGCAGUACAACUACAAUUUUAUCGCAUAUAAAGAUCCGCCAAAGACUGUAUUUUCUGUGUCACCAUUCUCCAUGUUUUAGGACAGGUCAUGCAUCAGCAUCCUAGAUAUGGUUCUGGGGCUGGUCAUGCAUCAUAUGCUCAGGUGCGUUUAGCUCAGAAAUGACCUAUCAAUCUUGAUAUGGUUAUCAGACCUUGGUGUAAUGUUAAUGUUGUUCUCUCACUUAAUUAUGCUGCUAAAAGAAUAAAGACUCAUUUGCGACUUAGCUAAUGCAGCCACCGGCAGCUCCAGAUCUUCCCACAAUUUGGACAGCAUCUCUUUGACACGAGAAGUGCAAAUUUCACAUACACCCCGACAACUUUUGAGACUGUCCCUGGAAAUUUUCGUUGAAGGAUCUCUCAAAGUAGAUUGGAGGUAAAAUGAUACUUAUUACUGUUUCAGCGUUUUUCUUAAGCCAGAACAGAAGACAAGAUUGAACUUUUUAUUCUUCUUUCCAAGUUUUGGGGUCUGCACUGCAUUUUUGAAGGAAAGAGUGUUGACUCUCAGUGGGGCUUGUAUAUUAGCCUCGACUAGACGCGCUCUACCUCCAGUUUUCAGCAGUCAGUAGAUUUCAAGCUGUACUUGUGUACAAAUUACAAUAGCCAUGAGACAUAAGAGAGAGAGGAUCAGUUUCUUCUGUCACAGGUUUUAACAGGCAUAUUAGGGUGUGUGUAUAUGUUUGUGGGGAUGUGCUCAUGUGAACCAGUAGCCCAGUGAGCCCCUGUGAUCUUGGUAUUUAGCAAAUUAAAUGUUGACAUUUGUCCUGAUUGCCGAUUUUUGCCAAAUCAGUU